UUUGAGCAAAGAAGAUUGAUGGAAGCUCUUGACUUUAAUCGUGUUUGGAGCCACGAAAAAGUAGCAAAGAAAAUUCUUUCUUUCUUACGAUGCGCAAGGGGCCACAUACGCAAGUAACUUAGCGGCAACCGACAACGAGCAAAAGAGUGACUCCACGGGCGCCACGUCACCACCUUGAUUUAGUGUUUGCUUUGGCGGUAAACGCUUUUGAAUUUAGGGUUUAUGAGAACGAUAGUAUUUCUUUAGGGCGGUCGAUAGCGCGAUGCUUGGCUGGGGCGCGACGAAGACACUAGAUUGUCAUUCCAGAGGGAGCUCGGCUUGACAAGAGUUUCCAGCGAUAAUCCAUGCUCGAGUACAGAGCUAUAAUGUUAUCAAGCCUGUGUGGCUUAUGUCCAUUGAGGUGUCAUGAAUUUUUUUCGCGAAAGCCAGCGAGAACACAUUCUUUUAUUUCCUGGAUCCAGUAUAAGGGAACUUUUGUUUAACAAUGUUUUGGUUGGGAGGAGCAAGAGGAAGGUAGCGAUGGCGGUCGUAGAUGCCAACGCCUCGCUCGUGGCUCACGAAGAGAUAUCUCCAAAGUGGAGCAAAUUGUUGCAGAGCCUGACGCUUUCUCGUGGCACCGCCAGCAGCUGUGAGAAAUGCGGCAGCCAGUGGCACAAUGCCCGAAUGUGCUCGGAGGGCAAGCAGUGCAAGGAUUGCUUUGGAGGCAAGGAGUGCUCGGCAGUCCGGCAGGCAACGAAGCUGAUGAAGAUUUACUACGCGAACGGAGGUAAGCAACAGAAGGCCAAGGUAAAGAAAAAGGCUGCAGGAGCGAUGUUUGAACGGCUAAAGAGGCAGGGCCACCGGCCGAGCGUCGAGUGCUACACGGUGGCCAUAGCCGAGGUGGUGGCGGAGAAAAAGAUGAGCGAGGCACAGCAGCUUCUCAAACAGAUGGAAGAGGAGGACGGUCUAGCACCCGACAGCGUGUGCUUCAACACGGUGAUCAACGGGUGGUGCAACGAAGGGCAGAUGGAGGAGGCCAUGAGAGUGGUGCAAGAGAUGAGACAGAAAAACUGCCGUCCCACCACUUCCACUUACAACACUCUGAUCAAAGGCUACGGAGUAGCAGGACAGGCAGAACAGGCGCAGCAGCUAGUGCUCCACCUCCUCAACAAGACGAGGAACUCUCCGAGCAGCGAGGACGGGCUUGAGCCGGUCGCGAGGCCAAACUUGCGAACCAUGAACACGCUGCUCAAUGCGUGGUGCCGGGAGGGGCGGCUGGAGGAGGCGUGGAGGGUGGUGGCGAUGAUCAAGUCGGCUGGAAUGCAACCGGACGCCGUGACUUACAACACGCUCGCCAAGGCCUACGCGGCCGCCGGCAGGGUGGCGGAGCUGGAGGACCUCAUCGCCGACAUGAAGAACGCGCGGCUGAAGCCCAACCUGCGGACUUACGCCAUCCUGAUCAGCUGCUACUGCCAAAACGGCAUGCCCGAGCGCGGCCUCCAGCUCCUCUCGCGCCUCAAGUUCGAGGGCCUCCAUCCAGACGUGGUGGCUUUCAACACUCUGCUCAAAGGCUACGUGGAGCAGCAAAGCUCCCAGCAGCAGCAGGACUUCCAGAGCCAAGAGAACGACCAGCAGCUAAAGCUCGAGAUGGUGCUGGAUCUUAUGGCGGCCAACGGCGUGAGGCCGGACGUGACCACCUACAGCACGAUCAUGAACUGGUGGAGCUCGGCCGGGGUGGCGGACAAGGCGCAGACGAUACUGCUCGAGAUGCAGCAGGAUCGCGUCAAGCCGGACGUGCGAGCGUUUGCGAUCCUGGCCAAGGGGUACGUCCGAUCCGGAAGAACACACGAGGCCGAGUCGCUGCUCCAGGACAUGAGCCUCCACGGCGUGGCUCCAAACGUGGUGGUGUACACGACUAUCAUCAGCGGCUGGUGUAGCAUGGGCCGGAUGGACGACGCGCUGCGAGUGCUGGAGCUCAUGCUCGAGAGAGGCGAGGCUCCCAAUCUCAACACCGUCCAGACGCUGGUGUGGGGAUUCUGCGAGGCCCGUCAGCCCCGCGAGGCCGAGGAGAUGGUCGCCGCCAUGGCCGCCGCGGGGCUUCCAGUCGACUCCAAGUGCCUGGACAUGAUCGCUAGCGCGUGGAGUGCCUUGGGAUUUCCAUUCGAGACCGACAGGAUUCUAGCGUCGGAUCGUCGUCGCCAGCUCUCUCCUUCCAGCCAGAGCUCUCGCCAGUUACUCCCCCUGGCUAGUUCAUCGCCAUCGCCAUCGCCAUCGUCUUCGUCUUCCAUGGAUGCUUCGCCAUCGCCACCUUCGUCAACUUCUUCUACGUCGUCUUCGUCUUCCCAGCUCAUGCUGGAGCUCCGGAGUAGAACUAGCCGGCCCCAAGUCGCGUGCUCCAUGGUGGCCGUCAAUCACCUCCUGGCGAGGAGAUACAUUCCAGCCAGCGUCGUGGACGCGACGAGGAGGAAAGUGUUUGACACUCGCUUCUUGGUAACAAUCCGGUGUUGAUCAUAAAAAAAAUCCAUCUAUAUAUCAUCCAAUUUAUACA